UCUGCUCAGGACGUUUGAAGACCGAACAGCAACGCUCCCUCUCACAAAGUUUGUUGUGAGCUGAGGUUUUAGUCGCCUGCUGGCGCGACCUCCUUUCACCACUUCGCUCCGGUUUUCCUCCACACUGCGGCUCUUUUCAUGACAGACGCGUUACAUCUGCUCCGGAGUGCUGCUGUCAAACUUCAAGCUGACAUGGAUUUGCUGCGCCGAGGAACGGACUGAAACUUUUAGAAGGGAAUAUAUUUUUUUUUUCGUUAUUCUUCUACAAGAAAGAGGAGUGAAAACUACUCUGAGCCACUUUCAAACAAGUUCCAGAGGACUUUUCUUCAGCUGGAAACAUGCAGAUGUUCAAUUCCACCGGCAGUCACACCAACACACUGCCCCGGGACGCGGAGCUGCAGCUGCGGUUAGCUGAUAGCGGAGGAGCCGGGGAGGGGAGGGAGAAUGGAGCCGGGAAUCACUUUCUCACCCAGCCCGAGGAGGACAGCUCGUUUUGCACCAAAAGAAAGAUGCUGGUCGGUCUGGAUGUAAUAUGCCUUUGUGUCGCCUCCAUCCCAUUUUUUGCCUGCGAGUUGAAGGCGGUGACUCCGUACAGACGAGGCUUUUUCUGUGGCGACUCCAGCAUCACCUACCCCUACGUGGAGAGAGAGGCCAUCCCGGACAGCCUGCUGAUCGCUGGCGGCAUCAUCAUCACGGGACUAACAAUCGCGCUGGGCGAAUGCUACCGCGUGCGCUUCCGGGGGGUGCACUCGCGGGCCUUCGUCCGAAACCGUUACGUGUCGUGUCUGUACAAGGAGCUGGGGAGCUUCCUGUUCGGCUGCUGCGUGGGCCAGUCCCUCACCAACAUGGCCAAGCUGAGCGUGGGCCGCCUCCGACCCAACUUUCUGGCGGUGUGUAACAUCACCUAUGCGUCCAUUAACUGCACUCCCGGCAGCUACGUGCCGGAGGCCCCCUGCAGGCAGCCCAAAGCAAAGAUGGUGGAAGAGGCAAGGAAGUCGUUUUUCUCGGGCCACGCUUCCUUCGCCAUGUACACCAUGCUCUAUCUGGCAUUCUACCUGCAGGCACGCUUGUCGUGGCGAGGAGCUCGGCUACUGCGUCCAUUAAUACAGUUCCUCCUGGUGAUGAUCGCCAUCUACACCGGCCUGAGCCGCAUCUCGGACUACCGCCACCACCCCACUGACGUCCUGACGGGCUUCAUCCAGGGAGGGCUGACCGCAUACUGGGUGGCCUUCUACAUCUCCUCCAUGUUUAAGCCCUGCACCCGUCCAGACCUGUCUCCCACCAGCAUGUCCCUGGAGAGCCCACUGUCCAGCCAGCAGACUGUGUGUUAGCAGGUGCUUCAGGAAUCAGGAAAACGGACUGUAGAAAUACAGGCGCAAACAGCAAACAGCACAGGCGAGGAGCGGCGACAGGAGGGAAACCGUAGUUUAAAGAAAGGGAACCACAUGAAGAGAAGGAUACGGUGAACGAGUACGAUCUAAUACACACUACACGUACGGGCGUGAUGAUGCACACACACACACACACACACACACACACACACACACACACACACACACACACACACACACACACACACACACACACACACACACAAUCGCAUUCAUCUGACACAUUCACACACUCACACACACGUGAAAUACAUUGUAAAGCACAAUUGACUAAAAGUCAAACCCGUCCAGUGAAAGAACUGCAUAGUAGUACAGAUAUUUUUUAUAUAUGUAUAUAAAAAAAAAAAUUAAAGUAUAUUUUUCAAGAGGAUUUUUAGAAGCUGCUAACAUUGAAAGUUGCCAGUUUGAACUUGUUUCCUUUGAGACGGAGGCCUUCGGUGUGUGAAUUCUGUUCUCUUUCAAAGCGGAGCUGGCCACUCUUUCGUCUUGUGUAACAGACGUGAACAGGCCAGCCUCCCCUUUGUUUUCGAUCCUCCGCGAAGCCUGGAAAACAUCACCCACCCAGCAGCUGUGAACUGAGACCAUCCGACCUCGGCGAGUGCCGCUCCGGUCACAAAGUGACACGACCGGCAGUGAUGAGGAACGAGAACUGGCAUCCAGUCCCGACUUUCUUUACCUAACCAGACCGCCCUCAUCACCAUGACUAAACUAUAACCUGUAUGUAAGCGAAGAGAAGCAGUAUUUGUGCCGUUAUACAAUCUUGUACUUCUGUCCCGAUUAACCGAGGCAGCGAGGGGAAGAACUCUGAGCAGGUCGCUUAACCUUUACUGCCACUUUUCUGUACUAACCACUUUGACUGUGUCUCAGAGCUGGAGGCCUGACUGAAUUUUGUAACCUCUGACUUUUGCCCCUGGACUCCAAUCUCUGAGCUGCACCUUGAUUUAUGCCACUCUUGACAGGAGCUGUGGGGCUGUGACCCCGGCGGCCCUCCUGCACAACUCAAUUAAUAGCACUUGAACAUAGAUAACAGAACCUUCUAAUUAUAGUCACUAUUAUAUAUUUUAUCACAAAUUUGAAUAAUCAGUGUUUAUUUUUUGUUAUUGUCAAGCUCAUACCCUUUUUUUUUUCUUUUCUUUUUUUUUUGAAUCAAUAAUUAUUCAAACUGAAUGUAAAUAGCGAUGACAUUUUAUAAACCACACAGAACUUCAAGAGUAUUAGUUCAAGUUUUGGACAGUUUUUACAUGUGUGUUUGUAUUUACGUCUGUCGACCAGGUGCAGGGGGUUAUUUCGUGUACCUGUUGUGUAACUACUAGACUGAGCCACAGAUAUGAUCAGAAAGCUAUAUUUUUUUGUGUUCCCAAGUUAUUGUUAUUUGUUCGUUCUGUCUGUGAAUGCCACAUUGGCAAAAAAAAUAAAUAAAUAAAUAACCACUGUACUCAAAAAAAAAAAAAAAAAAAAAACCAAA